AUUACAACAAAAUACCACUCGUGCACCACUCCAUCAAUCGCCACUGCCAUUUUGACAAAUUGAAGUGACAGAAAUUUUUUUUGUAUUUUUCCUAACUUUUCUACAGCAAAUCUAACAAGAUGUCUGGCCGUGAAGGAGGUAAAAAGAAACCAUUAAAAGCACCUAAAAAACAAGCUGCUGAAAUGGAUGAUGAUGAUUUAGCAUUUAAACAAAAGCAAAAGGAAACACAAAAAGCUUUGAAUGAAGCCAAGGCAAAAGCUUCCCAAAAAGGUCCAUUGGUAACGGGUGGUAUUAAAAAGUCUGGAAAGAAGUGACAUUCACUAUUGAAACUAAUCGGAGCGCAAUUUAAUUUUCCAUUUUAUACAAAUAUAUUCUGAUGGAAAUUUCUAAAUAUCUAAUUUUAAUUAAUUCA